CUUCCACAGAUGGCCGAUGCCUUACGUUUCUACCUAUCUUCUUGACCAUAGCCAAUAAAUAAGAAACAAAGUAUCGCUUGUAUUCACAAACAACAAUGGCUACAAUGUCCUGGGUUCUUACUUUACUAAGCCUCAGCUGCCUGCUAGGAUUCAAUGCCCAAGCACCAGCAACUGCACCAUCAAGGUCGCUACCUACAACCCCAACAGCAACACCAUUUGUCAUUACACAACCACCUACUGUGGUGGCAUCUCCCUCCAUCUCAACCCAACCACCUGCAAAUGUAGCACCCAAAUCUGCUCCAGUGACAUCACCAGCUCCAAAGGUUUCACCACCAUCAAGUCCAAUAGUCUCUCCACUCCAACCACCAAACACUUCCCCUGUCUCAACUCCCACGUUGCCACCACCACCAAAUAUAUCGCCAGCGCCAGUUCAAACAACACCUGCCCCCGCACCAGUAAAGGCAACACCAACGCCAGCACCUGCACCCACAAAGCAAGCCCCAGCUCCUACACCGAUUACGUCACCACCAUUACCUGCAAUAAACGCCCCUGGACCAGCACCCGAGUCCCCCAAGCACAAGAAAGGAAGACACAAACACAAGCACAGGAGACAUCAUGCACCAGGGCCAGCACCAACAAUUAUUCACAAGAGUCCCCCUGCACCACCAACUGAUACUAAACCAGAUGACGACACAGCACCGGCACCAGCACCUAGUCUUAAUUUGAAUGGCACACCAUCAAACCAUCAUCAAGGGAGAAAUAUAUGGGCAACAGCUGGAUUUGCUAUCACUGUUUUUCUAGCGGUAACUGUCUACAGCAGCUAGCAGGUGCAUUGUACUCUAUGGAUUCAUUCUAAGCAGUUACUUGGUUUGCGGAAUUUAAAACCAUUUAAGGUGUAGAGAUCUGAAUAAUGAGUGUCAAUACUUAUUAUUCUUUCUUUUUAUGUCACGAUCUUUGCUCGGGGACAUUAAUGAAUAUGAAUUUUUUAAUUAUCAAAAUAAUCAGAAAAUGUCAAAUAAAAAUGUCUAGUUAUGAACCACACAUCAAAUUUGAUCAA